AUGGUCAAGAUCUUUUUGGACACUGGCGUUGGAGAGAUUGUGGAGCUGGAGAAGAACAAUUUCGGAGUCGAAGAGCAUAUUUUGAGCGUGGUCGACAACUACCUGUGGCAUUUCGAUGACCCCGAAAAUUUUACCGUUAUGGAAUGCACCUUCAAGGGAGAGGCCAUCUCUCCCGACAAGGUGUUGACUCCACAACACGACGAGAUUUUCGUCAAGUUGACCGCUGAUGAGGUUGGUUUUAUUUUUUUAUGUUUAGGGGGGAAUUUUUGAGUACUAAAAAGUACCACAACAAAAAAAAUCCACUGAUAGAAUUUUGGUGUUAAAAAUCAAUCUCUUCUGCUUUUAGAUCCGCCUCGAAUAUCAGUUCGAAAAGCCCUACCUCUUUUGGGCAGGUACUGUAAAGUGCGGGCAGACCGACAACCUCUUGAAAGUUUUGAAGAGAAAAUUGAAAGAGAACAAGCAUCCAGAGACCUUCAAAGUCAAUUAUAUGCGACAGAAGCUGCCGAAUGGACUCGUUGAACCCGUUGAUGGAACUGAUAUUAUUUAUGAGGGCUACAGAUAUGUCGUCCGUCUGACUCAAACUCAUAUGGUAAGCAAAAUAUUUUUUUUAUGAUUCAACUUUUUUUUACAUAAAAAAAGUAUAUUUCUUACCUUACAUACCACCGAUUUUUUCAGAUUUCCUUCGAAUUUGUCCACAAUGGAGUCAGCGAAGUAGUGACGCACGAAGCGUUCGAUGGAGACCUCCUAUACCCCAUUGCAAUCAACAUUUUGAAGAACAAGGGCACUCCGGCUGUAGGACAGACUCGGAUUUAUCGAAUUGUAGGUUUAUUCAGUUCAACAGGGAAGGGCUUUCAAGUUUGACGCUCAGAUUUAAUUUGAACAUAUCUACGGCCCUUUCACGAUACUAUCUUCUUUCAGGACGCCCCUCAAAUGGACUGGCACAGCGAGAGCCUCGAAGAAGUUAACAUCUGUUCCCAGGUCUACGCCGCCAACAGAUAUCGAAUCGUUUCGGGCCCGAUUGCACUUCCCUACUGUCCGCGACAACGACGUCAGAUUCCGACUUUCCGCAACACCGUUCAAAGGCUGCAGAAUCAAUUCUACGAUCAGUUCGAUACGAAGAUCGAUCGUUAUUUGAAAAAAAUCGCAGGAAAAAUGGAAAAAUCCUCCGAAGCUGCGAAAGUAAACGAUGGCCAAGUCGUUGACAGGCUCGCUGGCAUUACAGCGCAACUGGAAAAGGCUGCACUGUCGUUCAAUCGACCAGUUCACCCAAAGGAAUCAGAGGAAUACAAAAAGUUGGAAGCCGACUAUAAUGCGCUUCUUUUGGAACAUCAAGCACGUCAGCACACCCUUCAAACACUGGAGCAAUGUGAGGCUGCAAAGGCGGCCCUCAUCCGAGAAAAUGAGGAGCUGCGGCGGCAAGUUCAACAAAAACAGCAAGAGUGCGAUAACUGGCAACAUAAGAGUGUGUAUAGAACGAAGGAAAAGUUGCGUUGCGAAAUGGCCGAGGCGAAGCUUUUUGAGCUGGAGCAGAAACUGAAGGAAGCCGAGGAACGCAGAGACAAGAUGGAACUUGUAUAUGAAAAAUGCUUGGAAAUGGUUUCAGAUGAGAAUGCAAAUCUCAAAAACCGUUUGGGAAAGAAGGAGGAUGAACUAUUCGAGAAAGAAAAGCAAGUAGAAGUCCUCAGAAAACAAUUGGAAAAUGAGAAGAAGGAAAAAAAGGAACAAAAAGGAGAAAGAAAGGAAGAAAAGAAGGAAGAAAAAGAAGAAAACAAGAAAGAAAACAAAGAAAAGGAGGAAGAAAAAGAAACUGCCACAGCAAAAGACGAUGAGUCUUCGGGCGAUGAAGACUUUGACGUCAUCGAUAGAAAUUUUAUUGACGCUGGAUGCAGCAGCACUUAUUCAAGCGCCGAAGACAAUUGA